UUGGAGCACUGAGUCCACGGGGAAGGAGAUUUACUUUCCCAAGUCACGAAGCUAUGAAGGGGCAGAGCUGGCACGAGCAACCCAGCCUGCUUCUGGAGGCUUUGUACACCUGCUGUCCCCUCUGAAGUGAAGACUAAGAAUAAUACAAGUAAUUGAGGGCCCAACUCUGACCUGAAUCUUUAAGAGUGGACCAUUUGGAGGUAUUUGGAAGCGGGCAUUUCAGAUGGCAUUUAAUGACUGCUUCACUUUGACUUACCCUGGAAACCCCUACCCAGGGGACUUGAUUGAAGUGUUCCGUCCUGGCUAUCAGCACUGGGCCCUGUACUUGGGUGAUGGUUAUGUAAUCAACGUGGCUCCUACAGAUGGCAUCCCUUCAACUUUCACAAGCGCCAAGUCUGUGUUCAGCACAAAGGCCCUGGUGAAGAUGCAGCUGUUGAAGGAUGUUGUGGGAAAUGACACAUACAGAAUAAAUAAUAAAUACGAUGACAUGUACCCCCCUCUUCCGGUGGAGGAAGUCAUUCAGCGGUCAGAGUUUGUCAUCGGAUGGGAGGUGCCGUAUGACAUCCUAGAUAACAACUGUGAGCAUUUUGUGACUUUGCUUCGCUAUGGAGAAGGAGUCUCGGAACAGGCCAACCGAGCAGUAAGUACUAUUGGACUGGUGACAGCUGUUGUUAGUACCUUCCCCUCCCUGGGCUUUUUUCCAAAAGGACAAAGAACAAAAUACUGUUAACAAUUUAUCGAAGAGAUAUUGGAACUGAAGGAAUUUGCAAAGAGGAAAAAAAAACCCUGGAAUGAUUACUUAUUUUCAAUGCAUCAUUAUUGUUCCACUUUCUGAUGAUGGAUGGCAUGAUCUUUAAUAAAUUGCUUACUGAUAUUAUCA